GUGAAAUUCGCACAGCGCAAAACAGUCAUCAGUUGUUUUCGGUUUGUGAGUGAAUCAGCAUAUCAAAGUGAAGGCACCAUGUGAAUUCGGUAAAUGGUGCACCAUAAUUACGCAUAAAAGGGGAAUUGUUAGCGUGAACGUAUUGUUAGUGACAAAAAUCGAAUCGAAAUAUAAGUUCAGUGGAUAUUUUCGCGGGCAAAAUGUCGAAAUUGAUUUUUGAUGGUGCCAAAUUCGAGUCGUAUGCGCAGUUUCAAGCGGUAUUCGAAGAGUAUCGUCGACGAAACGCUGUCAACGGCAUCCCAUUACAUUUCGUGCAACAAAGCGGUGAAAAACUCAAGCCAGGCACUUUCAAAGGUAAAACGCUCGACCAAGCCACAAUCGACAAAUUCGUGUACAAAAGUCUAGCACUGGUUUGCGCACAGCGCAAGAGCAACAAAGGCGAUGGAAAUGAAGUGAACUGUCAUGGCCGAAUCACACUGCGCUUUGACAAAGCGAAGAAACUGCUUCUAGUUUCAUCGUUCCAUGGUGUACACACAAAGCAUCCCGAUCAAGGUAUUUCGAUGCGUUUGCUGCGCCCGAAUCAGAGCACACUGCGAGCAAACCAGGAAAAAGUGAUUUUCGAGGUGAUCAAAAAACUGCCCGACAAUGCGUUGGACCCGGUUCGACAGGCAUGUGAAGCAAUUCUUCAACAAUGGGACGAUGACAAUGGCGGCGUAACGAUCGCAGUCUAUCCGAUUGACAAUGAUGAAAUUGAAGCAAACCAAGUUGACCUCGCUCAACCACUUCAAACAGAUUCCGAACCGGAUUUGCACCAAUCUUUGCUGAAUCGGUCAAUUGACAGAAUUGAACCGUUUGAAACUGUUGAACAAGAUCCGAUUAUCAUCGAUGAUUCCUCAGAUGAUGCUUCCGAUGAUGAUGAUGACGACAUUCACCCACAAUUCAUUGUGAAUGCAAAAAUACAUGCAGCCGAGGAACCAUCCGCUGAUUGCACCGACGAAAACCCGAUAAUUGUGCCCAAAGUCAUUGAAUCUCAAGAUAUUUCGAUCAAUGACAGUUCAGUUAAUUUGACGGGAACAAACGUAUCGAUUGUGCCGUUUGCUGGAACAAAUGACUGUGAUAUCGAAAAGGAAAUAAACAACAACACACCGAUCGACUUAUUCAACACACCAACCGAACAUCAAACUCAAGACUUGUUAGAGCAAUCCGCUCAUGAUAUGGUCACAUCGCCGUCCAAAAACUUCAUUUUUGGUAAUUCAAACCAGAACCUAUCACAGAAACAACCUACGCAAGUGAGUUUACCCGAGUCGAUGGUUCCAGAAACUCAGUUGAAUGGUUGUGCAAAUAAUUCAUGGAUAAUGCUGCAUAACCCGAUUGUGCGACAGGUUAAUCAAGAGGCACCGACACAUUCAAAUCGUCCAAAUGACGAAAUUGAAGAGAGCGACGCAGCGGAUAACCAACAGCGCAAAAAUGGCGACGUAUUUGAAGAUGGUUACAUGGGUCAUGAUGGCAACAAUUCGCAAGAGUCAAAGGUGGACGAACCGAAAGCUGAUUUUCAUCAACAAGAUGAACCGAAAACUACGGGCCACGAUGGUAGCGACAAUGGCGACGAUGGAGGUGAUGAUUCGAUGAAUGCUGGUGAAGAGGAUAUCAUCAUGCGAUCACAAGAGUCUGUCCCAGCCGACGAACCGAUGCAAGAAAACAAGACUGAUUUGAAUGACAUUUGCGAACCUGUUGACACUGUUGAACACGAUGAGGUUCCAAACUCACAAAUCCCCACGAAAAAACCAAAAUUGAGCGAAUUCAUUGACUUGACUGAAGACGAUAACGAACCAACCAAACCGAUGGCAAAUGUGCAAUCGGUCAAAGGUGGAAAGAAAAAGGAAAAGCCAAAGUUUCGCAAUCUCCAACUCAAAACUGUUGCAGCGAGCCCACUGUCGUGGCAGCCGCAGCAGCUACCAAAAGUUCUGAAGAGACCCAAUGAAGUGACGAAAAAAGGGCCGGCUGUGGUGCCAAAAGCGCCAACGAAAGUGAAACCGAAGGGAAAGCCGAACAAUCGCCCGAAAAGUGGCUUGGGUUCGAAGACAAAGACGAAGUCUAAGCCAAGUUGGUUGGAAGCCCUCAGCGACGAGAAUGCUUUCGAAUACGAGCAAGAGCCAUCGUACGAAUUGAAGAAGAAGCUGAAGCAAUAAUUUGAGCCGAUCCAUACACACACAACAAAACCAACCGACAAAUUGAAAUAAUAGAAAUAUUUAUUUAUACCAGAAUGGUACAUCACGAUUGUGCAAUCAUUUGCCCUAUACUUUUGAAAAGUAGAGCCAUCUCUUUAUAUUAUUUAUUUAUUUAUCCAAACACUUGUUUUUGUCAAUUUCGAUUUGAUGUCGCCUACAUUGUAGACAAACAAAAAUGUAGCUUAACCAAGCGAACCCAAUUUACAAACUUAUUUAUUGAUUCUAGUGUUGAAAAAAAUCAAAAUGUCAUAAAAAAUUCUUUCAAUUACUCUGAAUUGAAGGAAAUGUACACACUGGAAUAAAAACAAAGCUGGUGAAAGGAUCAGUAGUCCCACCUCUUUUUUUUUAACUUGAAGUACUUUGAAAAUACUCAAUAAAAAGGACAAUUUAUGAAAUAUUGCCAUAAAA